AUGGAAGACACACUCCACGACUACCCAAUCGUCUCCGUCGACGUCGAAUUCCCCGGCUGCUUCCGCCCGACGCCGCGACACGCCGCCGAGGAAGUUCAAUUCGCCGAUAUGAAGCACAACGUCGACAUCACCUAUUUGAUUCAAUUGGGCGUCAACUCUUUCAAACGAAAAAGACACCGUCGCCGCAAUCUUGCAGUUCAACCUGGAGUUCGACCUGGACCGAGACUUGCACGCCUACGAAUCCAUCCGGUUCUUGAAAGCCCACGGCAUCGGUUUCGAGAAGCUGGAGAUCAACGGGAUCGAGCGGAUCCAGGUCGGGGCCGCGUUCGGUAG